AUGCGUCGCGACGUUCAAGAAGUUUUCCGUGCUACCCCCUUCCAGAAGCAAGUUAUGAUGUUUUCUGCCACUCUCUCCCCAGAGAUCAAGCCUAUCUGCAAGAAGUUCAUGAAGAACCCAUUGGAGAUCUACGUCGAUGAUGAGAAGAAGUUGACUUUGCACGGUUUGCAGCAGUACUACAUCAAAUUGUCCGAGGACAAAAAGAAUGUCAAGCUGGCCGAGCUUUUGGAUUCCUUGGAGUUUAACCAGGUGAUCAUUUUCGUCAAAUCCACCAAGAGAGCCACCGCCUUGAACGCCUUGCUUUGCGAAUCCAACUUCCCAUCCAUCGUCGUUCACUCGGGUAUCCCUCAAGAGGAGAGAAUUGCUCGUUACAAGCAGUUCAAGGACUUUUCAAAGCGUAUUUGUGUCUCUACCGAUGUGUUUGGUAGAGGUAUCGAUAUUGAGAGAAUCAACCUCGCCAUCAACUAUGAUUUGCCAGGCGUUGCUGACCAAUACUUGCACCGUGUUGGUAGAGCUGGUAGAUUUGGUACCAAGGGUCUGUCUGUCUCCUUUGUCUCCAGUGAGGAGGACGAGGAAGUCUUGAGUAAGAUCCAAGAGAGAUUCGAUGUCAAGAUCUCUGAGUACCCAGAGGCUGGUGUCGACCCAAGCACUUACAUGAACACUUAA